GGGCAUUGCACGACAGAAAAACAAUCUUAGUGACAUGAUUGUCCCUGAAUAUCGAGGGACAUGCUUUCUUGCCCCUGAUGCAUUCCGGAUCUCCUUGCUCGCCGAAAUUCCACGUGUGGGGGACAGGGCUUUCAGGGUCUUGUCUUGCAGCUGAACCAACCCGGAUAUUCUAACAGCGGCGGCAGAUCAACUUAAAGUGUGGCGAUUGAAGCGCAGGGCAUCAGCCUCGCGUUCGCUAAUACUUACCUGUACCUGAGCUAUUUGGACCCUUCAAAUUGCCAGCCCAUACUAUGAGAACCCGUCCAGCUGUAACUGAUAGACAUACCUUAGGUAGGUACUAGGGUUGAGCGAAAUGCCGUUAUCAAGACCUUUAAGAACGGCGCCUACCUGGUGCAAGUUGACUGCAGACCGAUGCCGACUUCCAUGUCCAUUAUACGACGUCUUCGCUUGUCGAUCCCGGUACUCUGCCAUAUUGGCCAGCGAAAAAGGUUCAAACAGUUUCAGGGAAGCCUGAAUACCUUGUGGCCAAGCGCUCGGGCUGAACGUCCGAGUCCUACUCCUAGGAUUGCUGGAAACAGCACUCUGGGAGCAAGGCAGUGCCGAUACUUGCAAGCUCUUGAUCCGCACAAGGCGUAGGGUUGUCAUGCUCACGCCUCAUUCAAGUUUCACCACGCAGCUAGAACCAGGCAUCCCUGUUCUCAGAUUGCAGAAGCAAGCAGAUGAGACUCCAUACCGGUGUGAGAACUAGAACUGGAAUUGGAACUUGUGUGCAGACAUCAGCCACUACUUGCAAGGAUGUGCAUGGCCACACUUUGUACGCGGCAAGCAGCUGCCGCUGAGGGGUCUGUUGGGUGCCUCAGCCACCGCCGCCUUGUCUGCAAUACUAGUAAUGGCUGACAACUGCAGUGCUGCCAUACAUGUACCGUUCGUUGUAGGGCUCGAGUUUGCCUCGUCAUGCAACGUGCCCUGCGCUCUGCUGCAGUGCUGCGCCGUGUUCCAUCUCACCGCUAUCACGGCAGUCUUGCAACGUCUCUCGUCUCGACUUCUUGAUAUUUCUCCUCACUUCAGGUCGCUAUCAUUGAAGAGGUCGUCGACGAGGUUGCCUAGGUAGUUGCCCUUACGUCCAUUUCAGUACAUAUAUCGACAAGGCGCUGUUGCUGCCUGCCGCCGCCGGUAGUGAGAGAGUUCGCAACCAAUCUUACUGCAGGUUGAUCACAACGAAGCAUUACGUAGCCGCCCACCAAGUCUUGCGCUUUGCUGGCACUGCCCGGUAUUUUCCUCUCCGGUCAACCAGCCACCGCCAUAUUGACCACCACUACUGCAAAACCUCGCAUUCACUCUACUGCUGCAUCUUGUUGCAGGCCACCCACCAAAAGGCGUCCUUGCAGACUGCCAAGCUGUCUAAUCGUCGCUCACUCAACGUCGUUACAAGAAUCAUCGUCGACCUUUCAAGCCUUCAACCGUCUUCACCCAUACAACAAUUGCUUUAAAGUCAGGCUGUUCGCCGCAUUGCGACCGCUACGACCCGACCCUUCCGUGGCUCCAGUUUCCGCUGGGCUACGUAUCGCUUCAUAGCAUCACUUUGACUCGACCUGACUUGCCCCUCCGUCGACAACGAUGUCCUAUUACGACGACGAUCGGUCUCGCCGUCCGAGGAGCACUCGCGAACGAUCAAGAAGAGAUGAUUAUUACGAUGGCACUGUCUACGACCAGGAUGUUCGAGAUACUCGCAUUGUGAAACGGCGGGAUGAUAGUUCAUCUUCGGUCGAGGAAGUCAGCCGAGACUUCGCUCCGGGUGAUCGCGGCGCUGCUCUCUAUCGGGAAACGACCGUGCGCAGAAGCGGCCACCGCCCCAUCCGUGCACGAUCAACCGAUGACCGUUGGUAUGAUGAUCGCUUCGACGACCGUUCGUACACUUCUCGCAGACGACGCGGCGACGAUGACGACGAUACCUAUGUGAGCAAGCGCACCAGUCGGAAAUAUGAUGAUCGACGCCGCUCGAGACGCCGCGACUCUGACUCGGACUAUUCCUCGCGCAGCCGCAGCCGCACCCCUCCCAGAAGAGAGCGCAGGAAAUCGACCACGGAAGAGGUCUUGGGCUCUCUCGGCUUGGGAGGUGUUGCUGCAGCCGUGCUCGGCAAGAAUCGCGACCGAGCAAGGUCCAGAUCCGUCUCUAGCGAUCGGGUCUCUCGUCGCCGGAGCCGCAGUCGAGCCGGUAGCCGAAGGUCGUCGUCAGACAGAUCCGGUCGCCGGAACAAGAGCAAAGUCAGAAGUGAGCAGGUCUCGCAAGCGAUCAAGGCCGCUGUUCUUGCCGGCGCCAGUGAAGCGUUUCGCGCUCGAAAAGAACCUGGCGGCUGGGGGGGCGAAAAGGGCAAACGAGUCCUGACUGCCGCACUUGCUGCUGGAGGCGUGGACGGCUUGAUUUCGGACAAGAGAGAUCCUGACCAUCAUGCUAAACGCGACAUUGUCGGAUCUGCUAUCGCCGGUUUGGCUGCCAACCGUGUCAUCAACGGGCCUCGGUCGAAAUCUCGCGGUCGGACUGGUAGCCCUGACAGUCGUCGUGGGCGCAGUCAAUCCCGAGGUGGACUGGGUGACCUGGCUGCCGGCGGUGUUGUGGCAGCUACGGCGAAGAAGGUCUACGAUCAUGUCAGGUCUCGGUCGCGUGGCCGUGCUCGAUCUCGAGACUCCUCCUAUGACAGCGGAGACAGCCCAAGCCCUCCACGUCGCAAACGAAGCCAGAGCGUUUCGGGUCUGGCGGCCAAAGGCCUAGCAGCCUUGGGAUUCAAAGACACGGCUGACAAGGUCGACCCGGAGCGUCGGCGAUCUCGCUCGCGCACUAGGCGCUAUUCUGAUGACGAUGAUUACUAUGAUGGUGGCCGCAACGGAGGAUAUGGAUACGGAUACAGUGAUUCCAGAGAUUUCCGACGAUGAGAAGCAGCAAAAGAAAAGUCGCAAGAAAGCUUUGCUUACCGGGGGUCUUGCGACCGUGGCCACCAUCCACGCUGCGCACAAUGUCUGGGAGAGCAUGGAAAAGAGAGAAGCUCGGAGGAAAGCCCUGCGGGAAGGCGAGAUCAGUCCGGAAAAGGCGAGGGUUGAAAAGAACAAGGCAAGAUUGCAGGACGCGGCCAGUAUCGGUAUCGCCGCCCUCGGUCUCAAGGGGGCCUAUGGCGAAUGGAAGGAAGUCCUGGAACAUCACAAGCAAAUGCAGGAAGAUAAGGAGAAAAAGGCCCGGCAUCGAGCCAAACGAGAGGCCAGAAGACGCAAACUAGCCAUGCUCGCGGCUCAACAACAUCAUGCUGAUGGCGGUGUGUUUUCCGGCAGCAUGCCGAAUCUACCCACGGCAACCUAUGAUCCCUAUCGACCACACUCUAUCGACCCGUAUGGCGGGUACCAUGCCACCGGUCCGCCAUACACUGGUGGCCCUUACAGCCAUGAGCCACCGAUUCACUAUUCAGAUGACAAUCCUUAUACUGCGGUGUCACAUCAACCGCAGUAUGUUCCCGCAAAUUAUGUCCCGUCGCCGCCACCGCCUCCUCCGAUGGGAGGUCCGCAACCACCUCCACCUCCUCCAAAUGGUGUUCCAAGGACAGACACGCAUUGAUGAUGAUGCUGUAAUGAAAGGUCAUGAAUGAAAAUCUGCUCUGCUUUCAACGACAAUUGCAAUCCUACCAGACUCCCACGAACGAUCUUUUUGAGGCACUCGAACCUUGAAUGUUUAUAACGACCCGACACGGCCGAACAUUUUGAAGUUGUGACGAACUUUGGCCAGAUGUGAAUCGAAUUAUGACAAACAAACAAUUUGAUUUUCUAAACUGCGCCCCCUGCCCAUUGCUUUUGUUUUUGUUUCCGUCUCUUUUCGGCGCCACUUGAGUUCAAUCCCAUCUACACCAAUAAGACAGUUGGGAUAUUGGAGGCGGAUGGGCCACGAAAUGACAUGACAUGACUUGAUGAUUUAGUUUGACAGGCUACAGUGUGCCUGCCUCCCAUCUGGAGCUUCAGAUAGACGUACGUUCGUUUGAUAUAUCACAGUCGUGGCGAAGAGGAAGAAAACGAAUGCAUGAAUUAAAUGAAAUCGACGAUGAUUGGAGCUUCCGCGUUGUAUCAGUAAGACGUAUGUGUUUUCUUUCUAGGUUAGGGGUUUAGUUUCGAAAUCAGGACAGACAAAGUUCUCUCUUGGCCUUGGAUUCAAAUCAUUUAUUGUUGGUUCUACGUCAUCGUACAGAUUGUUCAUCAUUCAGCCCCAAGUGGGCAAAAGUCGCCCGAGUGAGGGCAGUUCAGGCCAUAUUCACCAGCUCGACCGGAUUAAAUAUGACUCGAGUAGAUGAUUUACCUUACAAUGGAUGCCAUCGGUAAACCACUCAAAUUCACAACUCAUCAACGAGCAAUCAGUCAGUAGCCAUCAUCAUCGUCAUCAUCGCGACGAUAAUCAUGUCUCUCCCUUCCAUCCGUCAACAACAGUUCCCUCCGCCAACUAAUCCGUCUCUGAUGAUGAUGUCCAUCGCCCUCGCGUCGAUGUCCUCCAUGAUCGUACGCAGAUUCCCUAUAUCUGCGGUCAUCAUCAUCAUCGUCAUCAUCAUCGAGCCACCUCGAUACAGCAGUCUCUCUGUUGACACGGGGGGCUCUUCCGCCUGUGUUUCUGCGCCGACGGGCAUCUGCAUCGCCGCCGGUUCUGACGGUUCGGUAUUCGAUCGGAAUUCGUCUUUCCUCGUGGCGGUCGUCGUGGCGAUCGUCUCUGUCGCGAUGUCUGGUGGAGUCGUGGUGUCGAUCUCGGUCACGAUGAUGGUCAUGGUCGCGGUCACGGUCGUGGUGGUGGGAACGAUGAGAACGAUGAGAAUGGCGACGAUGAUGAUGGUCAUGAUGGGACCGAUGAUGAUGGUCAUCAUCUGGGUCGACUCGAGUCCGAGAUUCAACGGAGUAGGAGUAGUUGUUGGCCCCUUCAACGUACGCGAGUCGGGGGAUACGGAGAGGCUGGGAGCUGCGGUUGUCCGGGUUUAAAACCUCGCAGAGGCUGGACCGGUUGGAUCGGGGGGAGUAGUAUGUGGUGCGGCGGAUGUGAGUUGUAUAGUAGCCGUCGUCGUCGUCGUCGUCGUCGUCGUCGCUGUCGUUGGUGGCGUCGAAGCUGUAUUUGUAUCUGCGGGUAUAUUUAUUGAUAGGAGUAUGGGUAGGGGCAUCAGUGUGGUGGUUGUUGAAAAGGGUGAUAGAUGGCGAUGAGUCUGCAUAAUGACUGGUACUACCACCAUCACCAUCACCAUCACCAGCAGCAGCAGCAGCAGCAGCAGCAGCAGCAGCAGCAGUAAACGUUGAAGGUGGCAAUGGCAAUGGUGCUAAAGAUGCAAGGCCGGAUGUGGUCGUGAUAGGAUGGACAUAGGCAUAGCUAUAUCCAUACGCGGUCCGUGGUGUAUGCUCGUCGCCGUUGCCGUCUCCCGGUACCUAACCAGAAGAUGGGAACUGCUCAGGAUCCCACAUAUACAGACCGCAAGGGUAAUAGGUGUUGGUGGAAACAGUGGUUUGUGUAACGGAAGGUUGACAGUCUGGUCCUGCACCUGGAUUCACGGUAGAUGUUGGGCCAUCGUCCUUGUCAUCAUUCGC